AAAAAUUAUUUUAUUUAGCUGAAGACAAUUUAAUUGUCCAAUUUAAUCAGACAGAUGGAAGAAUUUAUGUUACAAAUGAAUGUCAAACUGGUGAUCAAGAUUAUAACCAUCUACCUAACAGCCUUACAAAAGUCUAACUGGUGAUCAUGAUUCUACCUAACAGCCUUACAACAAGUCUAACUGGUGAUCAUGAUUAUAACUAUCUACCUAACAGCCUUACAACAAGUCUAACUGGUGAUCAUGAUUAUAACUAUCUACCUAACAGCCUUACAACAAGUCUAACUGGUGAUCAUGAUUAUAACUAUCUACCUAACAGCCUUACAACAAGUCUAAUUGAUCAAAAUGAAACCCAUGUUUUAAGUAAUGAAAAUGAAAACCAUGUUAUGCAUAGUAAUGAAAAUGAAACCCAUUUAUCAGCUAUUUAUGAACAUGAAGUUAUUAAUCUUACAACAAAUUCAACUAAUUAUCAAGAAAUUCAAAUAUUAUUUUUUUAAAAAAAGUCCCCCUAUAAAUUUAUUACAUCUAAAUUUAAUAAUAAUUUAAUCUAUUCAAAUAAAUAUUUAUAUCUUCGCAAUAGAGAAUUUUUUUAUAAAUGUCGUUUACAAAGUUGUAAGGGAAGGGGUAUAUUAGGUACUCAUUUUACGAUGACAAAGCAACAUAAUAAUGAAUGAUGAAGAGUAUUAUGAACUUUUACUUACGUUAAAUGAAUUAAAAAAUCAAACAAAAUUAAAUAAAUAUUUAAGUUUAUAUAAAAUAUAUAAAAAGGUUAUGCGCGAAAGGAAAUUAGAUUCCUUUGCGAUGCGACAUCCUAAAACCUUACCAACAUUUUUGUCGGUAAAAACAAUUAUGGCACGCGUUAUUCAAUCGACGCGGCCAUCUUUACCUCGCACAAAUGCUGAUAUAGCACUGCUUGGCGAACAUAAAGUCACCAUAACUAAUAAUAAUUUUUUAAUUUGUAAUGAUAAUAAUAAAAUAUUUAUUUUUUCUACUCAUAUUCUUUUAUCUCGCCUUUAUUUGGCAGAUAAAAUAUAUCUAGAUGACACGUUUAAUGCCGCCCCUAAACUAUUUAAA